UUGGCAACUAGGCUUAGGUCACAGAAGAUCUGGAAGGUAGGCUACGUGAUGGUCAUACAUUCCUGCCUUACUGGUCUCCAACAGGCAGAAAUUGGCUCCUCCUCCUCCUCUGUGCCCAGAACAGGUUAAUCUUCAAACUCUUUUGAAGGAUCGCCAUAGUCCAGAUGGGCAAACAUGCUGAAUCUGCUCCAGAGGCAGAAGACCUGGCCAAUGGAGGAACAGACAAGGAAGUGUCACAACACAACAAACUGAAGCAAGGGAGUCCAGGGAACUUUGAAGAAGAGAAUGUCUGGCUGCAGGAGUGGAUCCAUGAAGAACUUGCCCAUGGUGAAGUCUGGCAGAAGCAAUAUGAGUCUCUGUUGGGGCAUCAGUCCCAGCUCUGCUCCUUGCUUCAGACCAAGAGUUUGAAGCCUCUGGAGAAGAAGAUCCAAGCAUUGCAAGAAGAGCUGGAAGAAAUCCAGGAGCUCUUGCGGAAGUGUCAGAAUAGAAGCCGUCAACGACAACAACAAAUCCAAAAGCAAGAAAAAGAAAAUCAGAGAAUGGCAGAGACAGUUAAGGAACUGGAAAAAAAGGUCUUCAAACAACAGUUGGAGGAAAAGUCAAGCAAGGACAUUCUGAAGGAGCUAAGAUCAGAAGCCAAUGAACAGAAGAGGCACUUAGCUGAAUGGGAGACCAAGUGGCAAGCAAAGAACGAGAGGAUCAAACAGAAACAACACCAAAUCGAUAAACUGAACACUACCAUCCAAGAAUUGUCUCUGACAAGCCAGGAGCUGCACAAAAGCAUAACUGUCUUGGAAAACCGUGUGGUGGAAGCUCAGCAGGAAGAAGCACUUUUCCAAAAAGAAGUACUUUCUGGAGAUGCAGGAGCUCCCGACAGUAUCCUAUGGGAGGAACGAGCAUGUGACCAGAUGAAAAGACUUCCAUACAUGGGACUAAAGAGAAUCAAUUUCAAAAACAAGUUCCUCUCUUCAAUGUGCCUUCCACGUCCAACUCUCUGGGCAGCUUGGAGCCUGCUGUGGGCAUUAGCCAAGGCUCUGCUUUUGAUGCUGCUUUUGGCUAUUGUCUCCCAUUUCAUGUAUGGCUGGUUCUUCGGCCAUCCAUGCACACAGAUCACUUCAACUCCAUUAUUCUAUAUCAAGCCCAUAAAGCAGUUGCCCCCUUUAGUUUUAUAAUGGCUGUUAAACAACUGUGAUUCGAGUCCUUUAAUAAAGUGUAAUGGUAAGCAAAGUAAA